GUUGAUGUUGUUGGUGGGGCGGUAAACAGUAAACAUUGAGAGACGUUCAACCAGUUGCCUUGAAGUUGUAGUUUUGUAGAAGUGCAGUAGUAGUUUUAGACGAUCUAGAGCCGCCCCAUAGUGGCUUCUCUCCGUGUGAACUGUUGGAAGUUCUCGAACACCAUGAAGUCUAACCUCGCAGCACUGCUAUGUUGCACUGUCUUCGUAGUUGUAGCUUUAAGUUGCGCCGAUAGUAGCGAUUCCAAACAGAAAAAACUUCAAAUUGGAGUCAAGAAGAAAAUAGAGAACUGUCAAUACCGUGCCAGAAAUGGCGAUGGUCUUCAAGUACAUUAUGCGGGGCGUUUGGUAGAUGGAACAGAGUUCGAUAGCAGUUAUGAACGUAAGCAACCCCUGAGCCUGACCCUUGGAGCUGGUCAAGUCAUCAAAGGCUGGGAGCAGGGAUUGUUAGGGAUGUGUGUUGGUGAAAAGAGGAAGCUUGUCAUUCCAUCACAUCUUGGAUACGGCAGCAAUGGAGCUCCACCCAAGAUCCCGGGCGAUGCAACUUUAAUAUUUGAAGUAGAACUUGUUGCCAUUGACGGUAAACCAAAGCAUGAAGAUGACCUAUAAGCAUUUUGUUUUUGUUAGCAAGUGUUUGUGCCAUUCCAGUUCACAAAUAAUGAUAAGUUUUCUGUGCAAGUCCAUUGUUGGGAUUGUAAUUCCUGUGGUCAGCAUAUUGUGAUUUUUAAAAGUCUGCUUAAUAAAUUUUUUACACCUGUA